AUGCCUCCUGUACAGGUAUCCAAGAUUUGUUGCAUUGGCGCCGGAUACGUCGGUGGUCCUACCUGCGCCGUAAUUGCAUUCAAGUGUCCCCAUAUCUCCGUCACCAUCGUCGAUCUUAACCAGGCACGCAUUGAUGCCUGGAACAGCUCAGACUUCAAACUCCCCAUUUACGAACCCGGCCUCGUGGAUGUCGUCAAACACGCUCGCGGACGCAAUCUCUUCUUCUCUACUGAUGUCGACAAGGCCAUACAAGAAGCAGACCUUAUCUUCGUUAGCGUAAACACCCCCACAAAGAAGAGUGGCGUAGGAGCCGGCUUUGCAGCUGAUCUUAAUUAUGUCGAGCUUGCCACCCGGCGCAUUGCCGCGGUCGCUCAUUCUUCCAAGAUUGUAGUCGAAAAAUCCACCGUUCCUUGCAGGACCGCAGAGUCAAUGCGCACCAUCCUCGAGGCGAACUCCAGGCCAGGCUGUCGCUUCGACAUCUUGUCCAACCCCGAAUUUCUUGCAGAGGGUACCGCCAUCGAGGAUCUACUCGCCCCCGAUCGUGUCCUCAUUGGUUCUCUUCAAACACCCGACGGUCUGAACGCCUGCGAGUCGCUGGCCAAUGUUUAUGCUAAUUGGGUCCCCAAGGAACGUGUCCUGACGGUUGGCCUAUGGUCUUCAGAGCUCUCAAAGCUCGCCGCGAAUGCCAUGCUUGCGCAGCGUAUUUCAUCUAUAAAUGCAUUGUCCGCAAUUUGUGAGGCAACAGGUGCGAACAUUGACGAGGUUGCUCACGCUAUUGGAUUCGAUUCGCGCAUUGGCCCUAAAUUUCUCCGAGCCUCUGUCGGUUUUGGCGGCUCGUGCUUCCAGAAGGAUAUCCUCAACUUGGUCUACCUCAGUGAAAGUCUUCAUCUCCCGCAGGUUGCAGCGUAUUGGCGCCAGGUCGUCGAGAUGAACGAGUAUCAAAAGAGCCGCUUCUCGAAGACGGUCGUGGACACACUCUUCAACACGAUCACUGGAAAGCACAUUGCUGUACUUGGCUUCGCGUUCAAGGCCGAUACUGGUGACACACGCGAGUCGCCCGCCAUUUCUCUCGUGCGCGAUUUUCUCUCAGAGCGUGCUUACGUGACCAUCUAUGAUCCACAAGUCGAGGAGGCGCAAAUUUGGCUUGAUCUUUCAGAAGCCUGCCCGCUAGUGCCCCUCGAAACGAUCAAGAAGCAGGUUACAAUCGCGUCUUCCGCCCUUGACGCAUGCAAAAACAUGGAAGCAGUUGUCAUUGCUACCGAGUGGAAAGAGUUCCGUGAGAUUAACUGGGACUCUGUUUACAAGAAUAUGAAUAAGCCCGCUUUCGUCUUCGACGGCCGCAUGCUCGUUGACGCUGACGCGCUGCGGGCUAUAGGUUUCAAGGUCAAAGUCAUUGGCCGUGGCGAGCGAGUAUAG